GCCGGCCGCGAGGCCCCGGCUCGAGUCUGGGACGCGGCCCGGCCGGCGUUGGAGGCGGCGGCGUCCGGCGACCGUCGUCCGGCGCGGCUGGACCCAGGCACAGGGGCGCGGCGAGGGGCCCGGGGGCGGGGGGCACGCAGGGCGCACGAUGCCGCCCGAGACGGCGGCGACCACGGUGACCCUGCGGGAGCUGGCCGACCUGGCCAUCGGCACGCCGGAGGUGGGCGCCGUCAACUUCACGGCCCUGCACACGCUCAUCGUGGCCAUGCUCAAACACCUGAGCCUGCUGGGCACGCGCGUCGACUACCAGUCGGCCUCCGAGUCCGGCGGCUUGCUGGAGCCCACCUGGUCCUCGCACAGCGCCCCGCACCUGUCGCCAGAGACGCCGCCGGCGCCCAAAGAGAGGCGCCGGAGCGGUAGCCGCUCGCAGCAGCCGGCGCUGGAGAGCCAGGUGCAGGACCUCAGGCAGCAGCUCAAGGCCAUGGGCAGCAGGGUGCAGGACAUCGCCUCGCAGGUGCAGCACAUCUCCUCCCAGGCCAGCGAGCUCGACCUGCCGCCCCGCGAGUGGCUGGAGGAGAAGAGCAGGCCCUCCCAGGGCUCCGAGAGGCCGGACCGGACGCACAGAAGGAUCUCGAAGCCCCCGAAGGACAGCGAGGUCGUCCCCCCCAAGGCCGCGGGGCUGCUGCAGGACCUGGUGGACGAGGUGAGAAUCCUCAAGGAAGCCCAGGACAAGAUUCAGGAGCUGCCCGCGUUGAAGCCCCAGGAGAUCCUGCAGCGGAUCGAGGAGGUGGAGAAGACAGUGCGGGGUCGGGAUGAAUUCCUGGAACUCGUGGGCCGGAAGCUGAGUCUCAUUCCUGGCCAAGAAGAAGUCACCAUGGUGACCUGGGAGGAGCUGGAGCAGGCGAUUACCGACGGCUGGAGGGCCUCCCAGGCGGGCUCGGAGACCCUGAUGGGACUCCCUAAGCGCAGAAGGCAGCCAUCCUUGACAGCCAGUGACCUGGCUCCAGGCGGGGCCUCCGCCAAGCAUCCCAGUGCCGAGCAGGCUCUGGGUUUGGCUGGAGGAUUUGGCCCAGAUCAGACCAUCUCGGCCUCCAGCGGUGCGGGGCAGCCAUCUGCCAUCGCCAGCGGGGAGCAAGUCCGGGGCCUCCCUGGAAGAGAACAGCAGCCAAGGGCGCACGAGGAAGCUGGUACUGCGCGGUCCCAGCAGCCUCCUGGAUCUCAGGUCAGAGCAGAGGCGGAGCAGCGCGGGGGCCGAGAGCAGCUGAGCCCAGCACAUCCACGGAGAGACAGAGACGAGCGCGCCGCACAGCCAGGCCCGCAAAGGCAAGGGUACAGUGGGCUGCCCUUGAGCCAGGGUCAGGUCUACCUGGGGCCAGACCAUCACGGACUAGGGGCGCCCGGCAUGGGCCAGCCUGCAUUACACCCCAGCACCGGUCCACGUGGUGUGGUACCCCGCAGGGUGGGUCAGCUUGGUGUGCUCCCACCCAGCCUCAAUGACCUGGACUCGGCACUCGUUGGCGUGGAUCAGCACGGUGUGAUGCCACCAUCAGUAGAUGGCAGAGACCAACAAGGAUUGGAACUACCUGGUGCAGACCAACACGGCAUUGUUCCAUUCGGCACAUACCAGCAUCAUUUGGCAUUUCCCAGCACAGACCAACGGAGUGUGGCACAGCCUGGCAUGGAGGAGGGUGGCAUGGCACCGCUGAGCGCAGAUCAGCAAGGAUUGGUACGGCCCGGCCUAGAUCAACACGGCUUUGUCGCGCCUCUUACCUAUCAGCACGGCUUGGUGCCACCUGGGUUGGUGCCUUUCAGUGCAGAUCAGCAAGGUUUGGUACGGCCCAGUUUGGAAGUAUCGAGUGUCAUACAACCUGGCGUGAAUCAGCAUAAUUUGACCCAGCCCGGCAGAGACCAGCGUGGUUUGGUGCAGCCUGGAGCAUACCUGCCAGGUUUGGUGCAGCCUGGAGUGGGUCAGCCUGGUUUGGUGCAGCCUGGAGUGGGUCAGGGUAGUUUGGUGCAGCCUGGAGUGGGUCAGCGUGGUUUGGUGCAGCCUGGAGUGGGUCAGCCUGGUUUGGUGCAGCCUGGAGUGGGUCAGCGUGGUUUGGUGCAGCCUGGUGCCCAUCUGCCUGGUUUGGUGCAGCCUGGUGCCCAUCUGCCUGGUUUGGUGCAGCCUGGAGUGGGUCAGCCUGGUUUGGUGCAGCCUGGUGCAUAUCCGCCUGCUUUGGUGCAGCCUGGAAUGUAUCAGCGUGGUUUUGUGCAGCCUGGUGCCCAUCUGCCUGGUUUGGUGCAGCCUGGAGUGUAUCAGCAUGGUUUGGUGCAGCCUGGUGCAUAUCCGCCUAGUAUGGUGCAGCCUGGUGCAUAUCCGCCUAGUAUGGUGCAGCCUGGAGUAUAUCCACAUGGUUCGGUGCAGCCUGGCACAGAUCAGUAUGGUUCGGUGCAGCCUGGUGUAGAUCAGUAUGGCUUGGUGGAGCUUGGAGCAGACCAGCCUGGUUUGGUGGAGCCUGGAGCAGACCAGCCUGGUUUGGUGGAGCCUGGAGCGGAUCAGCCUGGUUUGGUGGAGCCUGGAGUGGAUCAGCCUGGUUUGGUGGAGCCUGGAGUGGAUCAGCCUGGUUUGGUGGAGCCUGGAGUGGAUCAGCCUGGUUUGCAGCCUGGUGCAUAUCCACGUGGUUUGGUGCAGCCUGGUGCGUAUCCACGUGGUUUGGUGCAGCCUGGUGCAUAUCCACGUGGUUUGGUGCAGCCUGGUGUGUAUCCACGUGGUUUGGUGCAACCUAGAAUGUAUCCACGUGGUUUGGUGUACCCUGGAAUGUAUCCACGUGGUUUGGUGCAGCCUGGAAUGUAUCCACGUGGUUUGGUGCAGCCCGGCACAGAUCAGCAUGGUGUGGUGCAGCCUGGAAUGAAUGAGCUUGGUGUGGUGCAGCCUGGUGUGGAUCAGCAUGGUUUGGCACAGCCUGGUGUGGAUCAGCAUGGUUUGGCACAGCCUGGAGUGGAUCAGCAUGGUUUGGCACAGCCUGGUGUGGAUCAGCAUGGUUUGGCACAGCCUGGAGUGGAUCAGCAUGGUUUGGCGCAGCCUGGUGCAGAUCAGCAUGGUUUGGCACAGCCUGGUGGGGAUCAGCAAGGUUUGGCGCAGCCUGGUGCGGAUCAGCAUGGUUUGGCACAGCCUGGAGUGGAUCAGCAUGGUUUGGCGCAGCCUGGUGCAGAUCAGCGUGGCUUGGCGCAGCCUGGAAUGUAUCCGAUGUAUCCGCGUGGUCUGAUGCACCCUGGGAUGUAUCGGCCUGGUUUGGUGCAGCCUGGUGCAGAUCAGCAUGGUUUGAUGCAGCCCAGAAUGUAUCCACGUGGUUUGGUGCAGCCUGGAAUGGAUCAGCGUGGUUCAGUCCAGCCUGGUGCAGAUCAGCGUGGUUUGGAACAGCCUGGAACAGAUGAGAGUGGUUUGGUGCAGCCCGGUGCAGAUCAGCAUGAGUUGGUACAACCUGGAUUGGAUCAACGUGGUUUGGUGCAGCCCGGUGCAGAUCAGCAUGAGUUGGUACAACCUGGAUUGGAUCAACGUGGUUUGGUGCAGCCUGGUGCGGAUCAGCAUGGUUUGGUUCAGCCUGGCACAGAUGAGAAUGGUUUGAGUCAACGUGCUGCAGAAGAGAGUGGUUUGGUGCAACCUGGCACAGAUCAGCAUGGCUUGGUCCAACCUGGUGUGGAUCAGCAAGGUUUGGUUCAGCCCGGUGCAGGUCAACUUGGUAUGGUGCAACCUGGAGUGGAUUGGCAUGGUCUGGGGCGGCCUAGUGCAUAUCCCCGUGGUUUGGCACGACAUGGUGCCUAUCCCCCAUCUGUUUUGGGACAAACCAGCACAGAUCAGCAUGUUCCGGUGCAACCUGGUGCAUAUCCACACGGGUUUGCCCAGCCUACAGUGGAUCAGUAUGGCUUGAGACAGCUGGGUCCAGGUCGGCAGGGCUUGGUGGCUCCAGGCACAGCAGUUCGCGACUUCCCUGCAAUCCAGGCUGAUUUUCGGAUUGUGCCACCAUACCAGUAUCAGCAUGGUGUGCCACCCCUUGCCAGAGAGUUACAUGGCCAAGUGCCACCGCUUCUAGCCAGUCAAGGUUUGGCACCACCAGGUAUAGACCAAAGGGGUUUAGUACCACCAGAAACUUACUGGCAAGGUUUGGUGCACCCUGGCACAGACCAGCAUGGCCCGACACCAGUAAGCACAGGGUUGGAGUCUGCACACCCAGAUCAAGGGCAUUUGGCACCACCUGGGCCAGAUCGGCAGCACCAGGUAACCGCAGGAGCAGCUCUGCACGGUCACGCGCAAGCUCCCUCAGACUACGGGGGGCCCACGUAUCCUGGUUACAGGGGCCCAGUGUACUCGGGUGUCGAUCGGCACAGGCAGGAUCCACACAGAAUUCCUGUCUCAAGCCAGCCUGGAGUUCCUGUCCAGACAGGCCCCGGGCAGGAUGGGACCUUUCUCAGGAGUCGCGACUCCCUUAGCUAUCUCGGCAGAGCCUCGGCGGACGGCGCGCGGCGCGACUCUCUGGAUAAAGUGGCUCCAAGCUUCCCCAUAGCGGUGGAGACGUUCCGUCUGAUGGGGGAGCUCCUUGCGCUCUACGCGGAGCUCAAGGAGAGCCUGAGGGAGCUGGAUGAGGAGCAGGCCGGCCAGACCGACCUGGAGAAGAUACAGCACCUGCUGUCCCAGAUGGUCAAAAAGAUCGUUCCCCCUGACCUGCAAGAACAGAUAAAGGGCUUGAAGGCUUUGGCCAAAGAAUUUCGGCAGGAAAAGGCGAAGCUGGAGAAGAUACAAAGGAUGAUGGAGGGCGAUGGGGAGCAGGAGUCGGGGAAGGAGGUCAGGAACGGGCAGCUGAGCCUGCAGCUGGGCAUCCUCAGAGUGACCGUGGCUGACAUUGAGAAGGAGCUGGCCGAGCUGAGAGAGAGCCAAGAGCAGGGCAAGGCCAUCAUGGAGAAUUCGGUGUCUGAAGCGUCUUACUACCUGCAGGAUCAGCUGGACAAGCUCCGGACCAUCAUCGAGAGCAUGCUGGCCUCCUCCUCCACCCUGCUGUCCAUGAGCAUGCCCUCCCGCAAGGCCCCGGUCACCUCGGCGCCUGGCCAGAUCGACCCCGAGGCCACCUGCCCAGCCUGCAGCCUGGACCUGAGCCACCAGGUCAGCCUGCUGGUGCAGCGCUAUGAGCAACUCCAGGACAUGGUCAACAGCCUGGCCGCCUCCCGGCCCUCCAAGAAGGCUAAGCUCCAGAGCCAGGACGAGGAGCUCCUGGGCCACGUGCAGAGCGCCAUCCUGCAGGUGCAGGGCGACUGUGAGAAGCUCAACAUCACCACCAGCAACCUCAUCGAGGACCACCGGCAGAAGCAGAAGGACAUCGAGAUGUUGUACCAGGGUCUGGAGAAGCUGGAGAAGGAAAAGGCCAACAGGGAGCACCUGGAGAUGCAGAUCGACGUGAAAGCCGACAAGAGCGCCCUGGCAGCCAAAGUGAGCCGCGUCCAGUUCGACGCCACGACGGAGCAGCUGAACCGCAUGAUGCAGGAGCUGGUGGCCAAGAUGAGCGGGCAGGAGCAGGACUGGCAGAAGAUGCUGGACAAACUCCUGCUGGAGAUGGACAGCAAGCUGGACCGCCUGGAGCUGGACCCGGUGAAGCAGCUGCUGGAGGACCGCUGGAAAUCGCUGCGGCAGCAGCUCAAGGAGCGCUCGCCGCUCUACCAGGCCGACGAGGCCGCGGCCAUGCGGCGGCAGCUCCUGGCACAUUUCCACUGCCUCUCGUGUGACCGUCCCCUGGAGACACCUGUGACUGGACAAAUGAUCCCCGUGACACCUCUGGGCCCCAGCCUGCCCGGGCACCGUUCCAUCCGCCCCUACACAGUGUUUGAGUUGGAGCAGGUCCGGCAGCAGAGCCGCAGCUUCAAACUGGGCAGUGGCUUCCCUCGGGGUGACCUGUCGCAGACGGAGCGCAGCGUGCGGCGCCUGCGCUCCAUGCACUCCAAGAUGCUGAUGGACAUCGAGAAGGUGCAGAUCCACUUUGGAGGCUCCACCAAGGCCAGCAGCCAAAUGAUCCGAGAGCUGCUGCAGGCCCAGUGCCUCAGCUCCCCCUGCUACAAGCGGAUGCCAGAUGUGGCCGAUUACACCUACUCAACCAUGCCCCGGCGCUGCGGGGGCAGCCACACGCUCACCUAUCCCUACCGCCGCAACCGCCUGCAGCACCUGUCCCAGGGCCUGUACCCCGCCGAGGAGGUCCAGAUCGCCAUGAAGCACGAUGAGGUGGACAUCUUGGGCCUGGAUGGACACAUUUACAAGGGACGGAUGGAUACAAGACUGCCGGGCAUCAUAACCAAGGAAGGGCUGUCGUCCAAGCACAAGCCCAAGCUGUCCCGGCCCCACGUGCACAGGCAGCAGUCCCUGAGCGACAGCAGCCAGCCGCCCUCCCGGCCUCAGAGCGCGCAGACCCUGGCAGGCAGCCACCCAGUUUCUUUGCGACAACAGGACAGACCGGUCUCCUCCCAGGGCCGGCUCUCCGAGUCGAACGUGGUCCCCCCCCUCAGCUCCUCGGACGCGGCGGCCCUGCCGGGGCUGCAGAGGCGCCUGGACGUGCCUCCCGGGGAGGGCCUCGAGGAGCCCACGCGGGGGCCGCGCUCCACCCCUGCCCACUGAGCAGAGCUAUAAAUAAAUAUUUCAGAAGAG